GCACUUUUAUACGUUCCAGAUGCUAUGAAGAAAGAAAAAUUAUGUCAGAGGAAAGAGGAAAAUGAUUGGUAUCUCAGUUAUUCUCCUGUAGUGCCCUGCCAGGCACAGAACGGCCUCUUCCUUGAGAAGUCUGCGAUGAGCCUCGCUACAACAGCUGGAGCACUGCGAGGACAGGCGCACAGCGGAGAGAUUACAGGGGGCGACUGCCUGACCUCUCCAGGGUCCGAGCUAACAGCCGACCGAUGGUGCAGACACGAAGGAGACCUGAGACGGCAACACCAAGCGCCGCGCCAGGUACAGGGCCCUUCUAUACACUGGCGGGCCCGCAGACUCGGUAGCAUUAACUCCUUCCUUUCCUUGACCUGCGGGCCGUUCCCAGCAGGAAGCAAGAGCAAGGCUGUGACGCAGUUGCAUUGGCUCUGAGCCAGAGCGCGGACCGGGGCGGGGACUCAUCACUUCCGCUUCCGGUUACUCGUGCUGGCCUCGGGAGUAGCCGCGUUUGGAUGUCUGGCGGAGGCAGGUUGUGAACGGGUGGUUCCAGACCCUGUGCCACCCAACCCCUGGGCUCCAUUCCCUGGCCCGGCUCAGACUAGCUCGGGCACAGAGCUGCGGUUGUGAGAGCGGCGUCUGCUCGGGCAGCGGCUCGCAAUUGAGCCGGAGAAAACAGGAAGCGGCGUUUGUGGGAGUCGAGCUGUCUGAGGAAGAAGAUACUUUUAUUUUGUACCAGACCAGUUGGAGCCUCAGUUGUCAAAGGUGGUACCAGGAGCAAAACUGUUGGUAGAGCAGAAUGAUGAUGGUCAAUCUGAAGGUGGCUGAGCAUUUGGACCCUCAGAUCAGGGCUCUAUGGGAGACUAAGGAAUCUGUGACAGAAGGCUCUAGUCAAAGUACAAAAUCUCCACAUACAGACAGUCUUUAUCCCAAGAGUUCUUGCUGGUACUUCCGUAAUUUCCAUUAUCACAAAGCAGCUGGACCCCGUGAGGCUGUCAGGCAACUUCAGGAAUUAUGCCAUCUAUGGCUGAGACCUGAGAUCCACUCAAAAGAGCAGAUUUUGGAACUUCUGGUACUAGAACAAUUCCUGACCAUCCUGCCAAGGGAGACACAGACCCAGAUGCAGAAGCACCAUCCACAAAGCAUCGAGGAAGCUGUGACAUUCGUAGAACACUUGCAGAGAGAAUCUGGUCAAGUGAGAAAUGGGGUUACAGUCCAUGAGCUGGGAAAGGAAGCAUUGCUCUUGGAAGAAACAGCAGAGGCCUCAGAUUGCAAGGUUAACCCAGCGGAGUCUCAAACAGAGGACAUGUUCCAGGAUAAAGAAUUUUGGAAUACAUACCAGGGGCAACAAGAACAGAUGAACAAGAAUGCUCAUAAGGAAACUGAGCCUGUAUAUAAAAUGGGUGGGCCUGCUCAACAGAUUCUGUCCUUUCCUGAGACAACUAACAAAGACUGGACAGUGACACCCAAGCUCAUCUUGCCUGAGUCCCAGAGUUUGUUCACAUUUGAAGAAGUGGCCAUGUAUUUCUCCCAGGAAGAAUGGGAGUUACUGGAUACCACACAGAAGGCUCUCUACAAUGAUGUAAUGCAGGAAAACUAUGAGAAUGUCAUCUCUGUAGCAUUAUUUGGACUCCCCAAACCUAAAGUGAUCUCCUGUUUAGAACAAGGAGAAGAGCCAUGGGUUCAAGGGUCUUUGGAUUUCAAAGACAGUCCCAGAGAGUCACCUAAAGAGUUUAAACUAAGAAAAGACACUGAAAAUCAUCAGUCUGUAUCCCUUUCUGCCUUAGAAAUACAUACACCAAAAGUCAUAGUAUCAAAAAAGGCCAAAGCGAAUGUGCCUCAGCAAACAGCAGGCAAAGAAAAUCAUAAUGAUGUGCACAGAAUUGGGAAAUGGCACAGAGAUUUUCCGGUAAAGAAAAGAAGGAAACUUUCAACAUGGAAGCAAGAGUUGCUGAAACUUAUGGAUCUUCACAAGAAAGACCGUACAGGAGAAAAGCCUUUUAAAUGCCAGGAAUGUGGGAAAAGCUUCAGAGUUAGCUCUGACCUUAUUAAGCACCAAAGAAUUCACACUGAAGAGAAGCCAUAUAAGUGCCCACAGUGUGAUAAGAGGUUUAGAUGGAGUUCAGAUCUUAAUAAGCACUUAACAACACACCAAGGAAUAAAACCAUAUAAAUGUUCAUGGUGUGGGAAAAGCUUCAGUCAAAAUACAAAUCUUCAUACACAUCAAAGAACUCACACAGGAGAGAAGCCCUUUACAUGUCAUGAAUGUGGGAAAAAAUUCAGUCAGAACUCUCACCUUAUUAAACACCGAAGAACCCACACAGGUGAGCAGCCUUAUAGCUGUGGUGUAUGUAAGAGAAACUUCAGCAGGCGAUCAAGCCUUCUUAGGCACCAGAAAAUCCACCGAUGAAGUAAAACAUAUCUGCUGUCCUCAUUCUGAAGAAAUUCAACAAAUGGAGUUUACAGUGAAGUUGAAAACAUAUAUAGUCAUGAAGCAUGAAGAUUUUGUUUGUUUGUUUUGUUUUUGGUACCGAGGAUCAAACUCAGGACCUAGCAUUUGCAAGGCAGGCACAGUGCCACUGAGCUAAAUCCCUGGUCCAAAGAGUUUUUCGUCAUUGGAAAAUUAGGGAUAUAAAUGUGUUAUUUCACAAAAGAGAAUCAAGGUCAUAUAUUAGGGGUGUGUUAGUUUGACUACUUUCUGUUUUUACUUUUAGCUGACAGGGAGUUCCUCAAGAAAGAUGUUCUAAGACAGUGGUGAUGAACCUAAGGCACAUGUGUUUCAGUGGGCUGUUUGUCAUCUUUGAAAGCUCUAAGAAAUUUGAUAUCACUGUUCUAGGAGCAUUCUAAUAAGGGAAAGGCUGUUUUACGAAAAACAGUUUCAAUUUCAAAUUGCAGGUGCAGCCAAUCAGUCUUCUGUUGUAACAGAAGUAAAUGUUGUUUUUGCACUGAUCUUCCCACUCUGGAAUGUACAUGAUAGAAAUAUUUAUAGCAUAGUCUUCUAAGACAAAAAAUAAUAUGUAUCUAUGUUUAAUUGCAAACUAUUGUCUGCAGAGUAGCAGACUUACUAAUUUCAGUAGUCUUUGUUGGGCAGAGAUGGAUUCUAGAACGUUUUCCAACAGCUAAAUUGGAGUUUCUGUCUUAAUUUUGUCUUUGGACCCUGUUCACACAGUUGGACUUCAUUUGAGUUCCUUCUUGAACUUUUUAGCAACUUGAGCUCUUGAAUCCUAUUAACGUAAUUUUUACUGUGAUGAAAUAAUUUAUUUCACCUCUAGGUAAUCUGCCAAAUGAACUAAUAAUGCACUAUUUUGUCUCAUUGGUGAUGUUUGGGAAAUGCAGAACAUCUCUAAUGGGAUCAUAUAGAAACGGGUUGGAGUUUGUAGCCAUGAAUAUAUAUUAGAUGUGAAUAAUUUUCUGUAAUAAAAGAAACUAGAAGCUGGGCAUGGUGGUGCACGCCUGUAAUCCCAGCCCU